CGGGGAGUUCAUCCUCCUGCUGGACCGCUCCGGCAGCAUGGCGUGCCCCAUGGACAGCAGAGACCUCUUCUGCUAGCGCAUCAACAGCGCCAAGGCAGAGCGUGGAAUAUACCCAGCAGACCAUGGCCGAGUCCCUGCAGCGCGUCCAGCUGCUCCAGGCUAACCUGGGGGGCACCGAAAUCUUGGAGCCACUACGAGUCAUUUACCGCAGCCCCUGCUGGGACGGGCACCCACGCCAGCUGUUCGUGUUUACGGAUGGGGAGGUAGAGAACACCCAGGAUGUCAUCAGAGAGGUGUGGCGUCACCGGGGGACCCACAGGUGCUUCUCCUUCGGCAUUGGGGAUGGGGUUUCCAUAGCUCUCAUCAAAGGCAUCGCCCGGGCAGCAGGGGGCAGCGCCGAGUUCAUCACUGGCCAGGACCGCAUGCAACCCAAGGUGCUGCAAUCUCUGAAGCGGGCCCUGCAGCCGGCGGUGACCGGGAUCUCGCUGAGCUGGGAUCUGCCCCCUGGGAUGCAGGCACAGCUGCUGCACCGGGGCCCCGAGGUGAUCUUCGCUGGGCAGCGGUGCCUCAUCUACGCCCAGCUCUGCGGGCAGCCCCAGCCCCCAGACACUCCCAUGGGGGGCAUCACCCUGCAGUAUGGCAUCCAGGACCAGACCUACAAGGAGAGACUGCAUUUCCCCCUGCAGCCACAGGAUGGAGACAUGCUGACUGUUCACCAGCUGGCGGCCAAGUCGCUGCUGCUGGAGCUGGAGGGGGCCGUGGGCACUGGGUCAGAGAGGGCCCGGCACCUGGCACUGGAGACCAGUCUGAGCUCGGGGGUCAUCUGCUCCCUCACGGCCUAUGUGGGGGUGGACACAGAGCGGGGGCAGCCAGUGCAGGGGCCACUGGUGAGACGGGAUGUCCCACUGGCAGAUUUCAUCAUGGAAUACAUUGGGAUGAUAGACUGCGUCCCGAUAAGAGAAGUCUCAAUAGACGGUAUCUACGAGCGGCCAGCCAGCAGAGCAUGCCUAGGCGAACCGAACUACCGCAGCGUCUUCGGGCGCCUGUCCCAUGACUUGCAUGCGGCACAGUGGGCACCGGAGGAGUCUCCCUUGCUGAGGCUGGUGUCUCUGCAAAAUGCCGAUGGUUCGUGGGACUUGGACCCCCAGCUGGCUGCUGUUCUGGGGGUGAGCGAGACCAAUGCCAGGGAGAGGAUACCCAGGGAGGACAUGACCCCCAGCAUCUGGGCCACAGUGCUAGCUGUGAUCUGGCUGCACGACCAGGCCAUGGGGCAGCGUGAUGAGUGGGAGCUGCUGGAGGCCAAGGCUGUGGGUUGGGUGCAGGACCGAGCAGGGGCCCAGCUGAGCGAGUGCCUGGAAGCCGCCAACGCCCUGCUGGACUGCAGCGUUGGCCCUGCUGUCUUCGGGCUCUGAGCCCCCCUGGGAUCACCAUACUUGCUCCCCAAACUACCUUGGGCAUUCAACUGGGAGCUCCAAGAGCCAACGGGGGGUGCAGAGGUGGCUGCGCUGACCUCGCCCUGCAUGAGCCAUCCAGUGUAAACCUAGUCCCAUCUCUGCGGAGUUCAGCUAUUGGACAGACAGACAGACCAACAGGAUCUUUGCUUGUCCAAACAUGACCUCAUUUUGUCAUAGUGGCAGAUUUCUCUUCGCUAGACAAUCCUGAACGCAAACAGGAGCGCAGUGAUUCGCAUAAUUCUUUAUUUCCUCUCUGUCUAGGUCUGGACUGGAGCUGGUCAGACAUUUUCCAGCUGAACAGUGUUGUGUUGGCAAAUGCGAUUCCGUGGUGAAGGCUGAAAGGUGGAAACAGGCAGCAGAUGGAGGAAGCAUACGGCCUGGCCUGGAGAGCUGACAACCCUCUUUUGAGGAAUUACAGGCCAGCAGCAGAAACAAAGUUACUGAGGGGCACAGGACAGCUGUGUGUGUGAGCCCAGAGAUGGGAUGGGGUGGGGGAGAAGGGGGCUGUGGUUUAGGACCGAGGACAUCAGCAGAGCUGUGGGUUAUGGGCAGGACAGCAAAGACCAUCAGUGACUGAGGCCUAGAAACCCAGAUUGCCUUUUGCUCACUGCCUCUGGGCCCUGCCGCCUUUGCUAACCUCUUGGGAAAUUGAGGUCUGUUUACUUGUCUGUUUCACUACAGCCACAUCCCCCAACCCCAUCACAUUCCCUCACUACCUGGGGGGUCUAAUGGAAUUUACGAAGGGAGGGAUCACCUGUCACAGGUGCUGGGAAUGAACAGCUCGACCCCUUUGGCUUUCCCAUCAGGGCUAUCUGCCAUAGGAACAGACCUGUCCCUUCCUUUCUCUAACUUUAAUCAAUGCCUCUGACUUUCUGUUCUAGUUAGCUCUCACGAGACUGCCAUAGAGACUGGCAUUUCCCAGCAGCGUUGCCAUUCUAGUGGCCUCGGCGGGACCCAUUAAAGCAACAAGUAACUUUGUUUCUGCUGCUGGCCUGUAAUUCCUGAAGAGGGUUGUUAGCUCUCCAGGCGAGGCCCUGUGCUAGGCUGAGCACUUCUUGGAGCGCUCAUUAAGGCAUGCGAAGUUCUAAUUACCAGUGUGUCCUCCUGUAGGUCUCUAAGCUAACAGGUGCUGCAAGGCUAACUGGAGAGAGUUCUUUUUAGAAGGAGCUUUGCUAAUGGGAAUGGUUUUAACGAGCACAUAGUGAAACAGCCGUUUAGGGGGUUGGGGUUUUUUUGAAUAUUUUUGUGCUAAGCAGAGCGUUAGUGAAAUUAACAUGUUUCAAAUGAAAUUGAUCCAGGUUGUACAGAAGGUCACCAUCGCCUCCUGCAGCACCCCCUUGCAGCUGACUGUGACUCUGCUGUGUGCUGCCUCAGUUUCUCCCCCCAAGACCCCCCAUGAGAUCACUUUGACUUUAAGGCCUUUAGGGACCAUUAUGAUCAUCUAGUCUGCCCUCCUGCAUGUCACAGGACACAGAACCUCACCCACCCACUCCUGGAAUAGACCCCCAUCCUCUAGCUGAGUUACUGAAGUCCUCAAAUCAUGAUUUAAAAACCUCAAGUAAGCGACAGAAUCCACGAUUUACACUAGUUCAGGCCAGCAAGUGACCCCUGCCUUGCACUGCAGAGGAAGGCAAAAAUGCCCCAGGCUCUCUGCCAGUCUGACCUGGGGAACCCCCCCCAAAAAACCUGCAUGUUCCCAUGUCAACUUUUGAAUUAAUCACACAUGUAUCUCUAUGAGUUAACACUCCAUUCACUUUAGUUAACAGCGCUGUCAGUGUUCAUGACAAGAGAAUCUCUCCUGACUCAUACCAAGAACAAUAAACACAUGCAAAAAAAAGUAAAGAAAAGAAAAAAAGUUGAUAUAAUAUCUCCUCUAUUAGGAUGGGAUUUUUGAAGAGCUUUGAGGGGAAUUUAGGGGCCCAGCUCCCAUGGAAUUUCAGCUGCCCCCUGUGAGCCUUUUGACAAUCCUGGACUCUGUCAUUUUCUUUACUAAAUUGGUGUUUGUGUCAUGGGGGCCAGUGGCUGGGGAGCUGAGAGACCUGCCUUCUAUUUCCAUGCCUACCACUGAUCUAUUGGGUGUCCCUGGGCAAAUCACAGGACUCCUCCAUACCUCAGUUUCCCCAUCUGCAAAAGGUGAUCAAUCAUGCUUCUCUUUCUUUGUAAGGUGCUUUGAGCUCAUGAUAAUUGCA